UUGGGAUGUUUAGUGGUACCGUUAAGAUAAUACGAGGCGGGAGUCGGGAACGUUCGUUCGUAUAGUUGGCGGUAAUAACCGUCGAAGAAUUACACUAGUAACAAAGACAGUUGGUCUAUCUACACACUCAGAAAUGGCUUCCUUAACCUUUGUCCCGAUCAUCGUCGCCGCUUCUCAUCAUUUAUCCUCCACACAAUGUUCCCAAAUUGACGAAAUCCGAGUCUGUACGAAUCGCACCUGCCGCAGGCAAGGCUCGAUGCAGAUCCUAGAAACCCUAACGGGCCUGGCACCACCAAAUGUUUCCGUCAAUCGCUCCGGAUGCCUAGGCCGCUGCGGCGCCGGACCGAACCUCGCUCUUCUACCCGACGGAGUUACCAUUGGGCACUGUGGAACUGCUGCUCGGGCCGCUGAGAUAAUGGCAGGUUUUUGCUAUGGAGAUGGUGGUGCAGAUGCUGCGAUGAAGAGCCUGGAUGCGCUCUCACUGAGAAAGAGAGCCGAGGGUAAAAUUUUGAAUGGCGAUUUCUCAGAUGCCGAGCUCUUGCUCUGUCAAGCUACAGAAUUAAAUCCAGUGGGGGGCCUCCAUAUUAUUUAUAAGGACAGGUCCAUUGUAAGACUAGCUAUGGGAAAUCAUUCGGGUGCACUUGAUGAUGCAAGACAGGCUUUGGCGUUAGCUCAUCAAUAUACUGAGGCUUACAUAUGCGAAGGUGAUGCCCUUUUGGCCAUGUACCAAUUUGAUGCAGCAGAAAAGUCAUAUUCAACAUGUUUGCAGAUAGAUCCUUCUAUUGGUCGAUCCAAACCUUUCAAGGCACGGAUGGCAAAGCUUCAGGAAAAGUUGACUGCUGUAAAUUCACCUGGAAAUUAUCCUAUGUAACAAAUAUGGAUGUUUUUGUGGAUUCUGGGGACUAAAUCAAGAUGUUGCUGCUGCUUUCAGUUGGAGAAAUCUGUGAAGAGAUCCCAACUGCAUAUCCAACAAUGCGGGUCACUCCUCUUGCAUUGAGCAUAUUGAUGGAGGCAACAAGGAGAAAGAAGAGAGUGCUUGUUACUUGUUACUUGUUGCUGGUAAGCUUGAAAAGGAAUUCCUUCUAUUCUUAAAUUCCUGCUGCAAAUUCAAAGAUGAGUCAAGAGCUUGUUGUCGAUGACAACGGACGUGCAUUCAAGUUAUGUUACUUUGGGGGUCUGUGAAGAAUUGAUUUACAUUUCCACAACAUUUUUGUGUUGUUUUCAUUUCACAAUUCCAUUCAAAAGCUUAAACA